CAUUUUUCAAAAUUCACUUGAUCUGUUUUGUAGUAUCAAGUAGUAUUUUCAAUUCAAGCGCAAAAUGCCGGGAGACGUUGGUGAAGAGACGCUAGAAAUUGGAGCGGUUGUCGGGAAAAGAUACAAGGUCGUUCAAAAACUAGGUGAAGGUGGUUGUGGCUCGGUCUUCAAAGUUGAAGACACAUCGGAGAAGGGUCAACACUAUGCACUGAAAGUUGAGUUCAAGUCUCAAGAUGCUGGUAACAUUCUCAAAAUGGAAGUCCAGAUUCUCUCCCAGCUCAUUUCGAAAAAGCACGUUGCAAAAUGUGUGGCUAGUGGGAAGAAGGAGAGGUACUCAUAUAUGGUUAUGACCCUUCUUGGAGAGAGUCUCGAUUCACUUCUUAAAAAGCACGGACCUUUUCUGAAUGUUUCCACUCAAGUUAGAAUUGGUAUUUGUAUCCUUUUCGGAAUCAAACAGGUUCAUGACAUUGGAUAUCUUCAUCGGGAUUUGAAGCCUGCCAACGUGGCAAUGGGUUGUAAGGGCUCAGCUGACGAGAGAUAUUUUCUCGUGCUUGAUUUCGGAUUGGCCCGUCAAUACAUUGCCGACGAAGACGAUGGAUUGAAGAUGCGUCGUCCACGUGAGAAAACAUAUUUCCGUGGAACCGCCCGUUAUUGCUCAGUGGCGAUGCAUGACCGUUAUGAGCAAGGAAGAGUUGAUGACUUGUGGGCUUUGGUGUACAUUUUGGCGGAGAUGAGAUGUCGAUUGGCAUGGCAUGAUGUUGAUGAUAAGGUGGAAAUCGGUGAAAUGAAGCGAAAAAUCCACGACGAGGUUCUCUUCGCAAAGAGCCCCGUUCAAAUGCUGAGCUUUGUGAAAACUGUUCGUUCCACUCUGUUCUAUCAUCGUCCAGACUAUGAGAAGCUAUUCAAAUUGCUUGAAGAUGUCAUGAAAUGUGCCAAUUAUAAAUGGUCCGACCCAUAUCAUUGGGAGCCAGAGAAGAAGAAAAAUCCAGCAUCUCAAGGGAACAAGUUUGGAUUGGGAAAGAAAGGAACAAAAGAAUCUGGAGAGCUCCCAGAAGCUUCUUUCUUUACUGUGGAUGACUUCAACACUAACCCACUUGGAUUCUAGAACUGAACUUGAUUUUAUUGGUGUAUUUGAAAUGAAUAAAAAUUUAUGAGAUUUA